AUGGCGGCUAUCAGUAAGUAUCUGACAGCCAGGAAUUCUUCAGUUGCAGGUGCUUUGGUAUUUACUUUAUACAUAUUGAAACAGAGACUACGUUCUUCGGAAUCACAUUAUGGCAGCAGCAAGAGGACAUCAGAACUAUUCUUUGACAAUGAUAAGGAGGACAAAAAAGACCAGGCUGUUGUGGACAACGUUUUCAUCAGUCGCAUUUGCCGUGUCCUGAAAAUCCUGGUGCCACGGGUGUUUUGCAAAGAGUCAGGAUAUUUGGUCCUCAUUGCUGUCAUGCUUGUGGCUCGAACCUAUUGUGAUGUAUGGAUGAUCCACAAUGGGACAAUGAUCGAGAGUGCAAUCAUUGGACGAUCAACUAGAGCUUUCAAGUCAUACUUAUUCAGCUUUAUUGCUGUCAUGCCAUUUAUCUCUUUAGUCAAUAAUGUCCUGAAGCUGGGUCUGAAUGAGCUCAAACUCUGCUUCCGUGUGAGACUCACGCAGCAUCUAUACAGCAACUACCUGAAAGGGUUUACCUACUACAAAAUUGGUAACCUGGAUAAUCGCAUUGCCAAUCCUGACCAGUUGCUUACCCAAGAUGUUGAGAAGUUCUGUAACAGUGUGGUGGACCUGUACUCCAACAUCAGCAAGCCUCUGCUGGACAUUUUCCUGUACCUCUUCAAGCUGACCACAACCAUUGGCCCUUUGGGCCCUGCUGGUAUGCUCAGUUACCUGGUAUUCUCUGGCCUUCUGCUGACCAGGCUACGGAGACCAAUCGGCAGGAUGACGGUGACUGAGCAGAAAUACGAAGGAGAGUUCAGAUAUGUCAACUCCCGCCUCAUCACUAAUAGUGAGGAGAUUGCAUUCUACAAUGGAAGCAGGAGGGAGAAGAGGAGCAUCUAUGAGACUUUCCAGAAGCUGGUGGAUCACUUGAACCGCUUCAUUUACUUCCGUUUCUCUAUAGGCAUCAUAGACAGUAUUGUUGCUAAAUACAUCGCAUUGGUGGUUGGCUACCUGGUGGUCAGCCGACCCUUCCUAGAUCUUAAGAACAAGCGUCAUCUCCAUAGCACACACUCUGAAAGGCUGGAGGAUUACUACGAGAGCGGACGCAUGCUUCUCAGCCUAGCCCAGGCUUUGGGCCGGAUUGUGCUGGCUGGCAGGGAGAUGACCAGGCUCUCAGGGUUCACUGCAAGGAUCACAGAGAUUCAAGAGGUUUUAAGAGAGUUGAACUGCGGCAAAUAUGAACGCACAAUGAUUUCCCAGAUAGGAAAAGAGUCAGAGGCAGUAGAGAAAAUGAGGCUGGUCCCUGGUAGUGGAGAAAUUGUUAAUGCAGAUAAUAUCAUCAGGUUCGAGCACAUACCUCUAGCAACACCCAAUGGAGAUCUCCUGAUUCAUGACUUAUCCUUUGAGGUGUCAUCAGGGACCAAUGUUCUAGUGUGUGGCCCCAACGGUUGUGGAAAGAGCUCUUUGUUUAGGGUGCUGGGUGAGCUGUGGCCUCUGUUUGGAGGACGUCUCACCAAACCUGAACGAGGGAAGCUCUUCUACGUUCCCCAGAGACCAUACAUGACUAUUGGUUCCCUGAGGGAUCAGGUUAUAUACCCUGACACACAUGAAGACCAAAGAAGAAAAGGAACUUCUGAUAAGGUGCUGAAGGAAUACCUCGACAACGUGCAGCUGGGCCACAUCCUGGACAGAGAGGGUGGCUGGGACAGUAUCCAGGACUGGAUGGACGUUCUGAGUGGGGGAGAGAAGCAGAGGAUGGCUAUGGCCCGCCUGUUCUACCACAAGCCCCAGUUUGCCAUCCUAGACGAAUGCACCAGCGCUGUGAGCGUGGAUGUGGAGGACUAUAUCUACAGCCACUGCAGGAAGGUUGGAAUCACUCUGUUUACAGUCUCCCACAGAAAGUCUCUCUGGAAACACCAUGAGUACUAUUUGCACAUGGAUGGGAGAGGAAAUUAUGAGUUCAAGCCCAUCACCAAGGAGACUGUGGAGUUUGGUUCCUGAGCUUGGGACAUGUGGACAGGGGUGUGAUCAGGGCAGAAUUGCAAAUCCGUCCAUUUUCCUCUAAGAUGGCUUUGUGUUAGAAACAUAUUCCUUUUUCUCUGUCCUGGAGGAAAUACCAAGAUAAAUCUCUCAGCGAGAGUUCUGUGGCCUCAAAUGAUUUUCACAUGAAGGUCCUGUUGAUAUCUUUUAAUAUGCGUGAAAUGUUUUGUGUAAUUUAAAUAAUAUCUGGUUUGUACUUCUCUAUAGUACUUCAAGUAUUUAAAAAAACUGUCUCUGGUCUAUAAUGGUACUGCUAGUCUUUUUGCUUGUAUUUCUUUGUUUUUAGGACUUAUCCAAACACUACUGUAAACCACUGUCUCAGCUGUAUUAUAUUUAAUAGUAACAAGUUGUUUAUGCUUAAAUUUAAGUGUAAGGUGAAUUAGGGCUGUGUAUUAAAUAAUACUUUUAUUUAUAUAAAUGUGUAUGUAUAUUUAAAUGUGUAUG